AUGAAUCACCAUUCGGGGGAGAACACCGAACCGAGUACGGAGCGAAGUGGCAACUCGGUGGGGGACUACAUCGAUGAGGGGCCAGACAAAAGGGAAGACCAAAAUGCGGAGGGGGUAACCAUUCCAGGCGAAAUGGACAUCGGAGAACUGCCGGACGACCAAUUCCCCGGCGCGCAGUAUAUCCCAGAUUUGCACGGGCUGGGAAGAGAGAGACAAGCAUUAUCCUGCAAGGUGCACGAAAUGAAGAUUCCAGGGCAGGUAUCCCCUUACCACGUGCCAGAAGGUGAGGAGUCCUCCGAGAGGGAAACUUUAUAUGACGAAAAUGGAUUGCCUAUAAGGACAAAUUCGAAUGACCAAGAAGGGGACAAAAAAUUGUGGUCAUGGACAGAUGAUGGGAAAUUAAAGCUUUUAUGUUCUCAGCCAAUAAUCCCAGUGUCUGUUGUGCAAGGCAUACUAAGGAGAGACAAAAUUAUUUUAAUACCUCAAGUGGAAGUGACCGAUUUUGUUGUGCCCAAAAUUUAUAAUCAAAAUAUAAAGCAUGAUGUGCCCAAAUUGGAUAUCAAAGUGGAAUGCUCCAAUGUGGAGAUACCAAAUGUGAAAUACGUGGAGAAGGAAAUAAUCAUUCCAAUCAUCACCGGGUACACGCAUAAGUUCAUCCCCAAGUGGGACGUCCACGAGGUCCCCAGGCCGGUUGUUAAAUACAUAGGGGAGCAGAAAAUUGUGGAGGUGGAAGUACCCGAAAUUAAGUACAUAGACAAAAUUGUAGAAAGGGAAGUGGUGGUAGAUACAGUCGAAAAAAGAGUCCCCAAAAUUAUUGAGAUUCCAAAAUACGUGGAUGAAGUUAAGUACGUUUGGAAGCCUAUUGAAAAAAUUGUAUACAUACAGAAGCUGGUCCCUAAAUUUGACGUGAACUUGGAAUGCCCUCCUCCUUUAAUCGUCCCCUACCCGGUACAAACGGUCAAGCAGAUUCCACCUGUCAUGGUCAGAAAGGAUGUGAAAUUCCCAGAUUGUGAUUACACCGAUUUUAAUUCGCCUUAUGGGUCGUUACCUAUCCCUAGAGAGUACGUCGAUUAUUACACUUCCAGGCAGAAGGCCCAGAAGGGGAUUUUCUCCAACUGCUGCGAAUCCAAUUGUAAGAAUGGGGAAGAUCAUCACGGGGGGGAGACCUACUACGAUGUGUCCCCCAGUUCUGCCAUGGGGGUCUCCGAAGAGUCCCUCCAGAAUGAGCUAAAUAUUUGCAACUCCUCCAACCCGUUUGUCAACACCAGCGCCGAUUCGAUUUUAAACAAGGGGGGUCCGCGCCAAGCCCUCGACGCGGCAUGCAUGUGA